AACAGUAUCUCUAUUUGUUUUUUUCUUCCCACUUUUCAUUUUCAGUGACCUAUUUUAUCUAAAAAUUUAAAUAAAAAUGAAAAUCUCCUAAAAAAUCUGGGUCACCAUUGUCUCCAAAAGUGGAAAAAGGAGAGGAUGAAGCAAGGUUGUUUUGUUUGUUUGUUUGCAUUUUUUUCAGAGUGAUUAUUUUUUGGAAUUUUAACCAACAAAAACAAAAAAAAAAAGAAAAAAGAAGAGAAAAAAGUGGCUGAUUUUUUGUUAACCUCUCAUAAUCUUUCUUGUUAUUAGCCUUUUUUUUCUCUGUUUUAUUUUUUACUUGCUUUUCUUUCUGUGAACUGAACCUUCAUUUUGUUCUUCUUCACUUCAGGGGUGAAAGUUCUGAGAAACACUUAUUGCGGGUGGUUAAGUGAAUUGGAAGCUGUUGUUGAAGCUGAAUACUGAUAAGUAGUAUGGAGAAGAGUAAAGUUGAUGGUAAUGUCUCUUUUAGUGGUCACAUUAGUCAUGGACUCGCUUCCUCGACUGGCGAGAACAAAACAAGUGUACAUAAUCCUAGAGAUGCCGAGGUUUCUACUGUUUUGUCUGAAAGGUUUCACUCUGCACAGCAGACUUCUGUCAGGAGCGAUCUGAGAUCAGAAACUGGACAAACCUCUAAUGGAAAGAGGAAAGAACCAGAUUAUUCAUCUGUGACGGCAGAAGUCUGUCAUGAAAGUCAUACCAACAAGGGGCCUGACCAUAAUAAGCUACUCAAAACUGAUUCAGCAUCAUCUAAAGAAAGUGGUGAAGUGGUUCAGCUAAGUUCAGUUGAUUCUACUGAUCCGAAACCAUGUCAGUCCUCCAAUGAAGAUUUGGUUGAGAGGAAACCAUUUUUAACUCAGUCACAUGAAUCAAAAAUUGUUUUUCUAGAGCAUGAGUCAUCCGUUGUAACUACAAAAUCAGAUUCUACAGCUAUUAGUUUGCAAAGCUCACGUCAUUGUAACUUUGAUCUGAAUGAAGGUAUGGAGGAAAAUGGAGCAGAAUUCCACAAAAUUCCACCAAUAUCAGUGGUAGCAAAGGUUGGGGUUCCUAUGGGCUUGCCUCAGAAACCGUUGCAGUUUGGUGGAGAGCUUGGAUGGAAAAGGUCAGGAAAUAUCAGCGCUUUCCGUUCCACUUCUUUCAUGAAUUCUGAAAGAGGAAGUAUAACUAACAGUAAUAGAGGGUUUGACCUCAAUGUUGCUGCAACAAUGGAUUCAGAAUAUCCUGGUGAAGAGACUUCUGUGGACUUCACUUCAAAGCAGCCUGAAAAAUUUCUCCUUGACCUGAAUUGCCAAAGUGCAAGUGAUGUAAAUCAUCAUAAAGCUAGUGCAUCAAGUUUUGAUCUAAAUGACAAUCCUGUGAUCGAGGAUACACAGAACUACAUUCAUCAUAAUCAACACAGUGAAAACCAGCAGCUGCUCAGAAAAAGUGUUGCAGCUAACACAGCCACUUGUUUCAGAGGAAAUGCCAGUCAAUCCAAUUUUGAAUUGGGAAGACCUUCAUACUGGGUUGAUCUUAGUUCUAUGCGAGGCUUUAGUCACGUUCAACCCCACCCUUUUCUUGUGGCUGCCCCGACAGCUGAGCAAGUGCAGAUGAUGAUACCUUCUGGACUUUACAUCGGAAAAGUUAACAAUUUAUCCCCUACAUUACAUCCCCCUAGUCUCCACCACACCUUAACAAUCAGCAUGGUGCUGCUGCACUUCCCCAAAUAUCAGGUUCUGUUCUUGCAGCCUACCCUGGGGCUGUCCAAUUCCUGGAAAGUCCUCAAGGACUGA